AUGCGAACUCAUCGACAGGCAGCCGAGCUCCUCUUUGUCGAGCAUCACAGCGCGUCAUCCUCCAAGACCCUUGCCGCCAUCACCUCCGCACCUCGCACCUUGCACCUUGCGCCGGAACCUCCACAGCCUCUCGUCUCGACGUUGGAGCGGCGUGCGCACGGUGAGGCGGCUACCGGUACUGGAGCCAGCGCAGCGCCUCCUUUGACUUUGAACUGGGUUUUCGUUUCUUGUGUCAUUCAGCGGGCCAGCAGGUGCUCCAACCACUUGCUCCUCCCUGCCAUCUCAGUGCUCCACGCUCCUCGUCACGCCUGUCACACCCUCGUCACCUCACCACCACUGUUGAAGUCCCGUCGAUUGUUGUACCUAUGUUGUCCCCACCGAUACCUCGUUUCAAAUAUGCCGAUAUUUCAUGAUCCCCAUGAGAGUCCGCCCCAGCAGUCCGCAUCACGCCAGAUGUCGUCAGACAAAGCUCAAAGAGGAGGUGAAUCAACGCCUACUCAUCAUGUAGCGCCCCUAGACAGCUUGCGUGCGCAUGGUGCCACAGGCUCAGGCAUGAUUUGCGAGUCAGCCAGCCAUGAAACAAGACCACGUUCACGCGACCGAAACGAGCUGAUGGAGAGAAUCAAGAGAGUGAAGAGUCCCCUGUGGCAGCUUGGCCAGGACCAGACUAGUUCCCACAAUCACUGUCGAUACUCUUCACGACCAUCGUCCCAAGAUCGCCCAAAGACGCCUGCCACCCCUUCUGCCGACCGUCAAGCGCCACGUGAAACGACUCCCGAGCACCCAGUUGACCACGUGUCGGCCGGCCUAGAAAUUGCGCGGCCUCGGUCAGCUCUGCACGCUGGAGACUUCCGCGAGAGGAGCGCAUGCGUAGGCACUGGCCAAGCGCCUCCUGCCUUUCUCGCAACAUCACCUGUCGUUCCCUGGGAUCGCUCAUUCCCAGUGGCAGCUGUCCCGCCGCCCCGAAACACAGCUCAUCACCCUUUCCAUAAUGCGCUCAGCUACGAUCCUCCUCCGGUGUCGCGUGCUCGAGCCAUCUCGCAGUCGCCAUCAACCUCGUUCACGUUGAUGCCACCCACAAGUCCUCUUGUGCAACAAGUCAACAACACGGACCUCGACUCUUCUUCGCGACCGAGCUCCAGACGCGGCUCUAGAAGCCCUGAUCGCAGCAAUCGACGACACACCUUCUCACCUGACUCAUUCCAACCAUACCAGACAACGCAACAAGCUAGAUCUACCACUGGUACCCCCGCAGCACGCCAUUUAAGGCACGGUGGGACAACACCCUACCAGGCACAUCAGCCCCGGCGAUCCGUUACAUCUCUCACUCAUAUCGAACCACACUCCAGCCCUCAAACGCCCUUUGCCGCCCGACGACCCUCCAUAACAUCAGAUGCAUCGCCCCUGCAUCACGCGCCCAUGGUCGGUUCGUACGAGGAGUCGAUCCUUCGCGGUCGCAUGUCAACGACACCUUCACGACCGUUGGACUUUGUUGCUAAGAUUGGAGUACUCGGACGAGGGCAGUGCAAACCGAGCCUGAAAUGUCCACCACACGUGACGGUGCCGUUUCCUGCAGUCUUUUACAGCUACAAUACCGGCAACGGCAGGAUCUCUGAUAACGAGCCCAGUCCUUACGUUGGUCUGAUUGACUUGGAACACUCGCUGCCUCCCCCUUCAGAGAGCCAAGAGUCUAGCAAGCGCAGAAGGCACCAUACUCCCUCAGCGCCAGAUCAUAAUAGCUUCGAUCUCCGAUUACAACUCGACGAAGAACAUGCCGACGACAUCGGUAGGGCAGGUCUACGGCGCAAAGAAAAGAAGAAACGAAGGUCAACAUCACCAAAAGCACCGCCUGGUGGCUGCUAUCGCAUACCUGCCGAAGGUCAGCUGCAAAUCGUUUUGAAAAAUCCCAACAGGACUGCAGUAAAACUGUUUCUCGUACCGUACGAUGUGUCGGAUAUGGAGCCCGGUCAGAAGACGUUUAUCCGCCAGCGAAGCUAUUCAGCAGGACCUAUCAUAGACAUGCCCUUGUCUUUCCGUAAGAACUUUGGAACCGAUCGGCCUGAAGCUGCACUCAGCAAUUCGGAUGACCCCAGGGACCGCCCAAUCCUGCGGUAUCUAGUCCACCUACAUAUAUGCUGUACUGGAAAAGGUCGUUACUACUUGUACAAAAGCAUUCGAGUCGUCUUUGCCAAUCGUGUGCCGGAUGGAAAGGAGAAGCUGCGAAAUGAAAUACAACAGCCUGAGCCAAAGUAUAGCACUUACAGGCCCGCACGCGAACCAACAACUGUACAGCAUACACCGUCACACGAGGUGUCCCUUGUUACCGAGACAGCUUACCGCCGCCGAAGCCCAGCCUGGCCCCUGUCCCGCUCCCAGCAGAUGUACGAUCAGAUGGAUGGUCUUCCGCAGAACCCUCAAUUACCGCCCCCUGCUGUCCGGUUCACUGGGGGUUCACUGAGUUCGCCAUCAUCCGGCGACUACGGUGCAGGCAUUCCACUCAUGCAGCCUAUUCCUUUCAACUUCACACGACUUGCGGCAAUCGAGUCGCGGCCGGUCUCGAGGGAGCGGAUGGACAUCGAUCCAAAGAGCCCUUUCAGGUCACCUCUUGCAUCGCCACCGCCAGGUGUUGGAAACUCCAUCGUCCACCAGGAAGCGACGUUCGAAAAGCUCAAUAAAGGCGAUAUUGGGUACGGAGGUAAUGCUUUCUCACCUAUGGGAAGUCCUGCUUCUCCGCCUGCUGCAGGUCUCCUGGCUCAGCGGCUGCGCGGGCUGGAAGUGCAGCCUGAAGCAGACUUAAGCUGA